UUUGCUCCAAUAAUUGUAGCUUCCUCUCCACUUCCUUGUAGCUUCCUCUCCAAUAAUUGUAGCUUCAACAGCCACUGCAGGACACAUUCAAUUUGUGGGGUGAACAAAGUAUCUAGGCUUGGAAGAAGGAAGCAUCAAACAGCUAGAAAUCAUGAUUGGGUGGUUCGCGCUGACAGCCUUGGGAUGGCUCGCGGAGAGCAUCAUGGUUGCCUUGGUCGGGAAGGCCGUCGAUCGCGCUGUCCAACAGUUCGGUGAGCAGCGCGGAGUUGAAGAUGACCUCGAGAAGCUUAAGGAUUCUCUCGUUCACGCUAGGUUGACCAUCAGCACCGUCGAGUGCUUACGGAUCAACGAUGAGGUCCUGCAGCAGAGAUUGAAGGAGCUCCUGAUACGCCUCAAGAAUGCUGCCUAUGAUGCUGAUGACUUAUUGGAUGAAUUCCAAUACAGAAUUCUGAAGCAGCAGAUCGAGCAGCAAGGAGAUGAGGCUGGUAAACAAGCAUCGUCUUCCUUCUACUCUGCUCCCCCUCCAAGCAAACGGACAAAAACUUCAAUUGCAAGUUAUACCAGUGGCCUUUUCAGAAAAGGAGAUGAUGAUGAUGAUGAUGAUAAUGUGCAGAAAAUCAGGAAAAUACUAGAUGACAACUCAGCUGCUCUCGAGAAAAUUUACAGUUCGCUAGGCGCAGGAGAUGAUAGAGGAAAGAAACAAUUAGUGUCCUCAGCGAGCCGGCAAACGAGCUCCUUUUCGACUGAACCUCAAUUGUUUGGCAGAGACAAAGAGCUGCAAGAACUCAAGGAUUUGUUCUUAAAACCAGCAGUUGCAUCUGAAUUUGGCCAAAGUGGAGUUUCUGUUUUAUCUAUUUAUGGUAUGGGAGGGAUUGGGAAGACCACUCUGGCUCAGGAAGUCUUCAAUGACAGUAGCGUAAAAGAAUACUUUAAGCUCAGAAUUUGGGUUUGUGUUUCUGAAUAUUUCUGCAUAGAUAGGCUGACCAGAGAGAUUGUAGAGUGUGCAACCACGGAGAAGUGUGAUCUCACGAAUUUAGCUACUCUUCAAAAGAUUGUCAAUGAGAAGAUCACGCCAGAGAGAUUUCUUCUUGUAUUGGACGAUGUGUGGAACGAGGACAGGCACAAAUGGGAGAUCCUGUGUGCACCAUUGAGGUCUGGAAAGCCUGGUAGCAAGAUAUUGGUAACAACUCGCUCUAGGAAGAUUGCUGACAUGGUUAGUGAUGUGGAUGCCAUUCAUCUGCAAGCUCUUGACGAGGAGAGCUUCUGGGAAUUUUUCAAGAAAUGUGCAUUUGGUUGUUCAAAUAGUGGUGCUCAUCAUCCUCAUAUGGAAGCUAUGGCGAAGCAGAUGACUCACAAGCUAAAGGGAUUGCCGCUUGCAGCAAAGGCUCUAGGAGGGUUGUUGAGCAUGAAAUUGGAUGAGCAAUACUGGGAAAACAUUUUAGAUAGUGAAAUAUGGCAGCUUCCCCAAGAAGAAAAUGGGAUUAUGCCAGUGCUACAACUGAGCUAUCAACAUCUCCCUCCUCAUCUUAAACAAUGCUUUGCAUUUUGCUCCUUGUUUCCUAAAGAUUACAAGUUUUCUGAAUCUGAGUUGAUCGGUAUUUGGAUGGCAGAAGGAUUCAUAGUGCCUCGAGAAAGUACCAGAAUGGAGGAGCUAGGAAGCAACUAUUUUCAUGAGUUAGUUAACAGGUCAUUCUUUCAAAAGUCAAAGCAUGGAGAAUUUAUAAUGCAUGACCUCAUGCAUGAUCUUGCAGAACUCAUAUCUGCGGACGAGUCUUACAGGGUUGAAGAAGGCAAGUCACAUGAUAUUCCUUGCACCAUUCGUCAUCUUUCAAUAUACAUAGAGAAAGAAGAUAUGCUGACAAGACUUUUAACAGAAUUUUCUCAUUGGAAUGAAUUACGGACGAUGAUGUUGUCCAUAGGUUUGGCAAACAUGAGUUUAAAUUUUGAUUUUGGUUUUCUAGAGAAAUUAAAAAAUAUUCGUGUGCUUGUCAUGAAGAAUCGUUUUUUGAAAGAACUGCCUAAUAGUAUUGACAAGUUGAUACAUCUCCGCUAUCUUGACUUAUAUGGAAGUUACAACAUUGAAAGGUUGCCUGAGUCAUUAUGCAAUUUGUACAAUCUACAGACAUUGAAAUUAUAUGGCUAUCAUAAAUUAGAAAGACUCCCGCAUGACAUGAUGAAGUUGAUCAACUUGAGGAAUCUUACUGGAGUAGUUAAACUUAUUGCUGAUAUAACAGAGGUCGGGAAGCUUGCUUCUCUUCAAAAUUUGCCUGCUUUCAAAGUGACAAAAGAUAACGGACACAAACUUGCGGAAUUAAAUGGUUUGAAACAGCUCCGGGGAAUUCUACGUAUAACUAAUCUUGAGAAUGUAGAGAACAAGAACGAAGCAAAUAUUGCUAGUUUGAAGAGUAAAGAGCACCUUAAUAGGUUGGAGCUAGAAUGGACAUCUCUACAAGAUGUUGAUUUACACAUCUCAGAGCAAGUGCUUGAAGGUCUUCAGCCGCAUCACAACCUACAAAGGCUGACAAUCAGAGGAUAUAAUGGUGCUAGACCUCCCAAUUGGUUAUACGAACAAGUAUAUUCUAGAUUGGAAGGUCUCAAACUUGAAAAUUGUAAAAGUUGGAACGAUCUAUCAGUUAUUGGACAACUACCACAGUUAAAGUCCCUCUCCCUUGUGAGAAUUCCAGUCCAUACCCAAAAUUUACACAAAUUGUUCGAUCCAAAAGUCUGCAAGUUCUUCUCCCAACUAAAAAGUUUGGUACUAGAGGGCAUUACCAUGUUGGAGGAUCUCCCAAAUCUUGGACAGCUUCCAUGUCUGACGUCUAUUUGCAUUGAGAAUUUGCCAGGAGUGAAGAUGAUAGGUGAUAAAUUCUUUGCCAUGACAGAAGAAGGCAGCUGCUUUCCUAGACUAUGUACUCUCCGUUUCACAGAAAUGCCAACAUGGGAAGAGUUCUAUGGCUCCGAUAAUAGAAAUCUAUUUCCCUGCUUGGUGGAUCUUGAUAUUUCAAAUUGCCAAAAGUUGCAGACGUUACCUGCCCUUCCUCCUUCAAUACAACACGUAAAAUUAAAAAACGUUGGGUUGGUAGAUUGUCCAAGAUUCUGGAAAGCAAUUGAUGAAUGUAGCAGCACAACUACUUCUGUAUCUCUUACGUAUUUGUCCAUUCAGAAUUGUCCAAAUUUGACAAGUCUAGAUCCAGGGUUACUACCACACCAUCUAUUUCCCUGCUUGGUGGAUCUUGAUAUUUCAAAUUGCCAAAAGCUGCAGAUGUUACCUCCCCUUCCUCCUUCAAUACAACAAUUAAAAUUAAAUAACGUUGGGCUGGUAGAUUGUCCAAGAUUCUGGAAAGCAUUUGAUGAAGGUAGCAGUACAACUAAUUCUGCAACUCUUACGUAUUUGUCCAUUCAGAAUUGUCCACAUUUGACAAGUCUAGAACCAGUGUUACUACCACACCAUCUACAGCAUAUUCAUCUAAAAAAAUGUGAACAAUUGUCGUGGGUGCCAGUCAAAAAGUUGAAAGAACUCACCUCUUUAAGGUCAUUGUCGAUAGAAGAGUGCCCGAAGCUCAUGAGCAUGAGCACACCAGAUGAGUACAUUGAUUUCCAACUCCCGCCAUCAAUUGAAAAACUAUGUUUGACUGAUUGUGGAAAUCUUUCCAAAUCAUUGCCUGGCUUACUUUCGUUGACUCCCUUGUUGAUAAGCAAAUUUCCCAAUCUAGUUUCUUUUCCACUAGAACCAUGGCCUAGAGUGAUUCAUCUAGAAAUCCAGAAAACAACAAACAACCUCGAGUUGUUGAGGAUUAAAGGAUGCCCUAACCUUCUACUUCACAUAAUACAUAACUUGCCAGUGUUGGAGUUAGAGAUUGAUGACACAGCGUUUAUGAAACAAUCUCCCAUCAAAAAUUUACUAUCAUCUGUCAGUAAACUUACAAUCUCAUCCCUUGGUGAAGCUGUGAUGUUUGAGGGGGAAGAUCAGGAGUCAUUGCAAAGCUUGACAUCGCUCCAGAAAUUAUGUUUCUCCGAUUGCUGGAAUCUACAAUCCCUACCAACAAAGUUGUACACCCUUAAGUCCCUUCGGGUUUUGAUGAUACAUAAUUGCCCACAAAUCCAGUCUCUGCCUGAUAAGGGGUUACCUCCUUCCCUGAUAGAAAUAGGAUUUAAAGAUUGUGAUCCGGCACUGGAGCAGCAGUUGACAAGACACUUGGUGGAGAAUCCAAAGAUCAGGUUUCUUCAAUAUCAGGAAGACAUGUGGAGCUACAGGAGUACGAGGUGGAGGUGGAUGCCAUCUAGAAGAAAAUGAGAGGACGGUAGGGUUGGCGAUGUCGAGGUGCGAGGGGCAUGGAGGUGAAAGACAAUCAAUGGGUCGACACUGGUGGGGGACGUUGGGGUUGCCGAUUGGGAAGGAGAUGAAAGCUGCGGAACCAAGAACGUGGCUGCUCGUCCGCUGUGGCUCUUCGAUCCUCCGAUUUGAACUAGCAGAACCAUUUGAGGCGGCAACGAAAUCGCUGACGAGAAUAGAAUCAACAAGGCCAUGUGGCCGGGGAGAGAGAUGAAACAGAAAUUGUAAUCUUAAAAUUUGUUAUUCUCAAAACGCUAGUAAUAGUGAGUCUCAUUCAAACACUAUCUAUUUAGCUGUAUGAAGCUUGUAAGCCAUCCUUUUAUAGAUUGUAUAUUUCUAAUAUUGUACGGUGGACUGGCAAUAUUGGUGUUCUUCAGCUACAAUCAAUAUGCGUGGCCUGCUAUUUCACUUUUCAGGGAAAAUA